AGUUUGAUUAAAAGAGGGGUUAGCGAAAAUUGAAAUUCAACUAUUUUGGGGGGUCGAAGUGCAAAUACCUCGAUUAUUUUGUGGGUAAAUAACAGAAUAUCCUAAAUCUCAAAGGAGCUUCAAGGAAAAAGAAGGAAACAUAAAAGCUCACUGAUUGUUUGAACUCCAAAUAAGGGUGAAGGUUUACAGAGAAGGUGAAAAUCUGCUUCGCAAGAAAUUGAUUGUUGCAUUCUUCUACUGAAAAUCUACAUUCUCGCAUCGCCUCAGCGCCUCCGCGCGUCGAGGCGGCCGCCUUUCGCCGCCGGGGCGCACUUUGUCGGUGCUUUGAGGGGAGAAAAUGUUUCUUAAAACGCAGUUGUCUUGGAAUGUAUUGAUUCCUGCUGAGAACCUCGAUGCUGAAGGGCUGAUGCUUCAGAGGGCCAUAUUGACUCGCCUCCUUGAUGACUUCGCGAUGAAGAAGGCUUUCAAAGACAUAGGUUACUUCAUUGCCGUAACCACUCUGGACCGCGUUGGGGAGGGUUUAGUCCGGCAACAGUCCGGGGAUCUCCUAUUCCCGGUGGACUUCAGUUGCAUAACGUUCAAGAUGCUCCCGGGCGAGACCCUGGAAGGCGUUGUCCACAAGAUUCUGAAGCACGGCAUCUUCUUGAGAUGCGGGCCUGCUGAGAAGGUGUACAUCUCUCACCACAAGAUGGCCGGGUACGAGUAUGUCCCCGGAGAGAACCCGUGCUUCAUGAACGAGAAGCUGUCGAAGAUUGAGAAUGGCUCGUUGGUGCGGGUCACGGUGCUUGCUGAGAGGUACGAUGAGGCUGAGAAAGAUUUUCGAGCCCUUGUCAGCUUGGAAGGUGACUAUCUCGGGCCUGUCUCUUCUUCUCCCGUUUAGGUCUCUCACCAUAGUGUUGUUAUCUGCAACUUCUUAGCAUGUAUAUUUGUAUGUGUCCACUUAGAAUGUGGAAACUGAUGACAUUUCUAGGUGAAUAGUAAGAGGUUGGAGUUCC